GCCAUCUCGGCCUCCGUACUGGCGUAAGUGAACGUGGCCGGGCUUUGCCAGAAAGCACCUGAGGGGGAAAAAGAAACCGUUGUUCUAGUAUAUAGUUUCUUCGGAGCGUUUGCUUACUUUUCGCCAUGAGCCGAAACUACAACGAUGAAUUGCAAUAUUUGGAUAAGCUGGAUAAGAACUGCUGGCGCAUCAAGAAAGGAUUUGUGCCCAACAUGAACGUGGAGGGUGUGUUUUAUGUGAACGAUCCUUUGGAGAAGUUGAUGUUUGAAGAACUAAGAAAUGCAUGCCGAGGUGGAGGUGCUGGUGGCUUUCUUCCAGCCAUGAAACAAAUUGGAAAUGUAGCUGCAUUACCUGGUAUUGUUCAUCGAUCUAUUGGACUUCCCGAUGUUCAUUCAGGGUAUGGCUUUGCUAUUGGCAAUAUGGCAGCCUUUGAUAUGAGUGAUCCAGAAGCAGUGGUUUCACCAGGAGGUGUAGGGUUUGACAUUAACUGUGGUGUUCGAUUACUGCGGACCAACCUUGAUGAGUGUGAUGUCCAGCCAGUGAAGGAGCAGCUUGCACAAUCCAUGUUUGACCACAUUCCUGUAGGGGUGGGAUCCAAGGGUGUCAUCCCCAUGAAUGCAAAGGACCUGGAGGAAGCUUUAGAGAUGGGGGUAGACUGGUCCUUACGAGAGGGCUAUGCCUGGGCUGAGGAUAAAGAGCAUUGUGAAGAAUAUGGGAGGAUGUUGCAGGCAGAUCCAAACAAAGUGUCGGCAAGAGCUAAGAAAAGGGGUUUACCUCAGCUGGGGACUUUAGGAGCAGGAAACCACUAUGCUGAGAUACAAGUUGUGGAUGACAUUUAUAAUGAAUAUGCUGCCCGAAAGAUGGGUAUAGACCAUAAGGGACAAAUAUGUGUGAUGAUCCACAGUGGGAGCAGAGGUCUUGGCCACCAAGUAGCUACAGAUGCCUUAGUAGCUAUGGAAAAAGCAAUGAAACGGGACAAGAUCAUAGUGAAUGACCGCCAAUUGGCAUGUGCCAGGAUUGCUUCUCAGGAGGGCCAAGAUUAUUUGAAAGGGAUGGCAGCAGCUGGAAACUAUGCGUGGGUCAAUCGUUCCUCCAUGACUUUUCUUACUAGACAGGCAUUUGCUAAAGUCUUCAACACCACCCCUGAUGAUCUGGACAUGCAUGUAAUCUACGAUGUGUCUCACAACAUUGCAAAAGUAGAACAGCACGUGGUAGAUGGAAAAGAACGGACCCUGUUGGUGCAUAGGAAAGGAUCAACCAGAGCAUUCCCUCCUCACCACCCUCUUAUAGCUGUUGAUUACCAACUGACUGGCCAGCCAGUGUUGAUCGGUGGAACAAUGGGAACUUGCAGUUACGUCCUUACUGGUACUGAACAAGGCAUGACUGAAACCUUUGGAACCACCUGCCAUGGAGCAGGCCGUGCAUUGUCCCGUGCCAAAUCGCGACGUAACUUGGAUUUCCAGGAUGUGUUGGACAAGUUGGCAGAUAUGGGGAUUGCGAUCCGUGUUGCAUCUCCCAAACUAGUCAUGGAAGAAGCACCUGAAUCUUAUAAGAAUGUGACAGAUGUGGUUAACACCUGCCAUGCAGCUGGCAUCAGCAAGAAAGCGAUUAAGCUGAGGCCCAUUGCAGUAAUCAAAGGGUAAAGAAGCCAUUCACAGAACUGACAGAACCUCUUUCUCAGACUACUCGUUAAUUAUGUUUCAAUCCAGGUGGAAACUGAUUGACAAACUGUUUGUUAGAACUUUUGGACUUAAAAAAUAUAGUACAAGACAGGAAAAACCAAGAUGUGUUGCUCUUUUGAUCUAAUGGCAAGUUGUCUGAAGCUGACUGAGUUUCUUUAAGGGGAAAAAAUGUGAAAUUCAGAAGAUUAUCUGAUCCUAAUAAAUGGUUUGUUCUGCCUAUAA